AUGGCAUUUCUAAGAAAACUUGUUCGACCUCGAUUUCCACUCUCCCACCUCUUUCCUCGGUUCCUAUCAGAUGCACCAUCUUCAAAAACUCUUAAAAUAUUUUCAGAAGAAUUAUUUAUUGAUUUAAGACAGGAAAGUGGUUAUUAUUUGGAUAAGACGGCCUUUAUCUCUAAAAUAGAGGAUCUUAACGCUCGUGCGAUACCCUCCCUACGUCCUCGUCGUUUUGGAAAGACACUAUUCCUUUCUACUUUGUUCUCUUAUUAUGACAUAAAAAACAGAGAACAAUUCGAACAACUUUUCGGGGAUUUAUACAUCGGCAAAAACCCUACACCAUUGGCAUCUUCAUUCCUCAUUCUGAAACGCAAUUUUGCUGGACUUCGCACUAACGAAACGUAUGACGUCUUCAAUGCGGACUUUCAUGAAG